GAAACCCUUUCCUUCCUUCGAUGUUGCAGUACCAGAGAGCACAGUAUCGCGUAGGAGCUAAAGCCAGCCAGAGAAAGAGGAGGAUGGGGAGGGUGAUAGCUGGCCUUCUCCUGGUUCUCGCCGUCGCCCACCUGGUGGUGGAGCCGGCCGGGGCCAUCACCUGCCAAGACGUGAGCUCCACCAUCGGCUCCUGCGUCGCCUACGUGACGGGGAAGCAGCCACGCCCGACGGCGGCUUGCUGCGCCGGCGUCCGCAGGCUGCACUCUCUGGCGUCGACCACCGCCGCUCGGCGGACCGCCUGCAACUGCCUGAAGUCGAGGGAGGGGCGCAUCAAGAACAUCAGAGACCAGAACUUGAGCGCCCUCCCCGGCCUCUGCUCCGUGUCUCUUGCCUUCCGCCUCAGCACGAGGACCAACUGCAACUCAAUCCCAUAGACUCCACGAUGGAGUACAGAAAUAAAUGGAGGAGCAGUUCCGCCAUUGCUGCCUUCAGUUUGCUACUGUGUCUGAUCCAUGUAGGUUAGUAGAGUUCUUGUGAUGAAAUAAGACCAAGGUAGGGGUUACCUUGACAUCAUCCUGUUAGGAGGGUUCUCCUGUAUCUGAGCUGAGACACACAUGAACUUUGGCAGAUUGGUGCUUGUGACAUGGUGACUAGAAAAAUACAUGCAGGUUUUGGCUGCAAAUGCUCAGCUUAUGUCUUA